UCGGGCGGCAACCGCAUAUCGCCCUCCCCACCUGUCAACGCCCAACUCUCGAGCCGCAGUCUGCUAGUGAAGGGGGAAGCCCCCCCCCCCUAAAUAGAGCUAGAAGAAGCUUGAACCAACCUUAGCCCGCCGCCAUGGCUGAUCCCGCCCGUGCUCGCCACCUUAAGGAGGAUGGAAACCGAGCCUUUGGAGCCAAGAAUUAUGUCAAGGCCGAGGCCUUGUACUCGAAAGCGCUGAUCGCCGACCCGAGUGAGCCGGCUUUAUAUACCAACAGGGCCAUGGCCCGGCUCCAUAUGAACCUGUUGGAUGGCGCCGUGGCCGAUUGCAUGGCCUGUCUCAAACUCGCGCCAGACCGCAUGAAGGCCUACUUUUAUCUAUCACAAGCAUACCUCGCGCUUGGAGAUUAUGAAGAGGCGCUACGUACGGCACUCGAGGCGCACAAGCUGUGCGUGCAGACCGAGGACAAGAACCUCACGACUGUGACGACACAAGUACUCCAGUGCAAACGCGAGAGGUGGGAGGCGGGUGAGCGCAAGCGUAAGAGAGAAACCUCGGCACUCGAAAACGAGACUCUCGCUUUCUUUGAGCACGACCGAGAAGAUGUCCUUAAGAUGGUCAUCGACGAUGCUCACAAGAGAGACGUCAUUAAGGAGUAUGACGAAAAGCUGCGCGUCAUCCGGGACGUCUUCGAGCGCGCGCGCAACUCGGACCAAAAGGCCCGAUCCGUGCCCGACUGGGCUAUUGACGAAAUCUCUUUCUGUGUUAUGCACGACCCCGUCAUGACAAAAUCGGGCAAGUCGUACGAGCGGGCCCACAUCCUCGAGCACCUCCGCCGCUCGCAGACGGACCCCCAAUCCCGCGAGCCUCUCCAACCCCAUGAAUUGCGGCCCAACCUCCUGCUGAGGGAUGCCUGCCAACAAUUCUUGGAAGAGAAUGGCUGGGCCGCCGACUACUGAUGGGAUGCUUUAGUCUCUCUCUCGCCAAUCGCUCUCUCUUCUCGUCUCGUUCUCGUCUCGUCCGGCCGGGAUAGCACGUCGACAUGACCUCUUAGCGCACAUCGGUUCGGCCAAACAUUGAUAGCAUGCAUAACAAAGGGGGUUUCGGAGUUUACGGGGCUGGGUUUCUAAUCGGGGGAGGUCUUUACAGGCUCGGGACGGCUCUCUACUUUAUGUUUCUCAUAUUCUCUUCUCUUGUCUCCGGCGCCUGUACAAAUACCUCACCCCUAUUUCCUUUUCCCU